CCGCGAGAUUACCCAGCUGCUUAGCGUGUUCGUGGUGCUCGUCGGUCCGGGAGCUCGGCAAGCAUGGGGAAGGUGAAUGUAGCCAAGCUGAGGUACAUGAGCCGCGAUGACUUCAGGGUUCUGACCGCGGUUGAAAUGGGCAUGAAGAACCAUGAAAUUGUUCCCUGCAGUUUGAUUGCUUCUAUAGCCAGUCUAAAACAUGGUGGCUGUAAUAAAGUUUUGAGAGAAUUAGUAAAGCAUAAACUUAUAGCUUGGGAACGUACUAAAACUGUCCAGGGCUAUCGGUUGACAAAUGCUGGUUAUGAUUACCUAGCUUUGAAAACACUGUCUUCUAGACAGGUAGUCGAGUCUGUUGGAAACCAAAUGGGUGUUGGCAAAGAGUCAGAUAUUUACAUUGUUGCAAAUGAAGAAGGGCAGCAGUUUGCACUGAAGCUUCACAGACUAGGAAGAACCUCCUUUAGAAAUCUGAAAAACAAGCGUGAUUACCAUAAGCACAGGCAUAAUGUUUCUUGGCUUUAUUUAUCCCGUCUCUCUGCCAUGAAGGAAUUUGCCUAUAUGAAGGCAUUGUAUGAGAGGAAAUUUCCAGUUCCCAAACCAAUUGAUUAUAAUCGCCAUGCAGUGAUCAUGGAACUUAUUGAUGGCUAUCCUCUGUGUCAGAUACAUCAUGUUGAAGACCCUUCAUCAGUUUAUGAUGAAGCUAUGGACCUAAUAGUCAAACUGGGAAAUCAUGGGCUGAUUCAUGGAGAUUUCAAUGAAUUCAAUCUCAUAUUGGAUAAAGAUGACCACAUCACCAUGAUUGACUUUCCACAGAUGGUUUCCACUUCCCAUCCAAAUGCUGAAUGGUAUUUUGACAGAGAUGUUAAAUGCAUUAGAGAGUUCUUCAUGAAACGUUUUGGCUAUGAAAGUGAACUCUACCCAGCCUUUAGUGACAUCAGGAGGGAGGAUUCUCUUGACGUUGAGGUCUCCGCCAGUGGUUACACAAAAGAAAUGCAAGCAGAUGAUGAACUGCUACAUCCAGUAGGUCCAGAUGAUAAAAUUACUGAAACAGAAGAGGAAUCUGACUUCUCGUUCUCUGAUGAAGAGGUAUUAGAAAAACACAAACUUUGUACGUCAGAAAUGGAGAAUGAACUGAACCCAGUAGAUGAAUCAGGUGGCGACUGUUGCUUCUCAUCUGGAGACCUCAAGCAAAUAAAGGAAGACAGUUUAUCAGAGCAGAGUGCUGAUGUUUCCAGUUUUGAAGUGACUGAAUUAAAUCAAGCUUUAGAAGAAAUGAAAAGUCAGAUUCUUGCCCCCAGUUCUGUUACUGGGUUUUCUGAGGAGAGCAAUCAUACUGACAAUGAUACCAGACAUGAUGGCCAGACAGGUCAGUGGAAAAGCCUUGCUGACUCUGAAGAAUGUGAAGAUGAGUGCCCUGAUCUGAUUGCCUUGUCUUCAUUGAACAAGGAGUUCAGGCCUUUCAGAGAUGAAGAUAGCAUGAAGAGUGUUCCUCAGCAUAGAACAAGAACCCUGAGUGUUACAUCUACAGGCAGUAUCCUAAGCUGUUCAACAAUUCCUCCAGAGCUGGUGAAGCAGAAGGUGAAACGUCAGCUGACAAGGCAGCAGAAGUCAGCUGCCCGACGCCGGCUACAGAAAGGAGAAGCCAAUGUGUUUACCAAGCAGCGCAGGGAAAACAUGCAGAAUAUUAAAUCUAGUUUGGAAGCAGCCAGCUUUUGGGGAGACUAAUAUAUUUCUGACAUAUAUAUAUAUAUAAUUGUAUUUAUCCACCUUUGAUCAGUGGCCAAAGCCACUAUAUAUAGAAAUAAACUCUACUUAAAC